AUGGAUUCCACCUCCUUGGAAGACCAGAAACAAAAGGCCGAAACCGGGUACCCCUCAAUGGACCGUUACCAACAAUCCCCGUACAUGUUCCCGCUCCAGCAGCCGCGGCCGCCACCACCCUCCUCGGCCUAUCCAUGUGGGUCCCACCACGGCUACCCCCACGUGUUCGUUUCCGACCAACUCCCCCAGUUCCCUUCCCAGCCCUACCCGAACACCACCGACUUCUAUUAUAACAAGCCGCUCCCCGACAUGGACACGGGCGAUGACGGUUCGUCCUCAUUCGUGCGCGUCAUGCUGCUCCUCAUGAUCGUCCUCGUGGCCAGCAUGUGCACGAUGUCCCUAGUCAUGUGGUUCCUCUUUGGGACCUACGUCCCAGAAUUCGAGGUCACCUAUCUAAAAGUGUCCAACUUCACCGUCUCGAACUCGACCCUGACUGGCACGUGGGACGUGACAAUCUCGGUCGCAAACACCAACAAGGACCGGGCGGUCCGGUUCGACCGGGUCGCGUCCUCGCUUUUCUACAAGGAGGCCUUGCUCGGGAUUUCGCCUGUGAAGCCAUUCCAGGUGAACCAGAUGCAGCGCACGGAGUUUAACUUGAGUAUACCGGCGGACGUGAAGAAUUUGGAGGAAAACAGGGUGCAAGAGUGGGUUCUCCCGACCCUGGAGCAGGAUUACAGUAAUGGGAUGGUGGAUUUCAGCCUGAGGCUGGCGCUCAACGCGAAUUUCAUGAUGCCAAACAAGGUGUACAGGCAGGCGAGCAUGAAAGUCAUGUGUGAGAAAAUGGAGGUCGUGUUCUCAGUUGAUAAUAGCGAGGGAAGGCUGUCACCAGGGAUGAUGCGUACGUGCUUGAUACAGGUUCAGUGA